AUGCGGGGCAGUCCUGCGUUCUUCGCCAUAUUACUGGGCACGAUAUUCGGUGUCCUCGGCGCGUCCCUGAGCAAAGCACUCAGGUACAAAGCACCGGACGAGUGCAAGUGGGUCGCGACCGGCGACACCGAGGACGACGUCUCGCUGGUCUGUCGUCUGAGGACCAUCAACAGCGAGCUGGAGAACACGAACUUUAGCGUGAUUCAACCGCAGCACACGGUGCGCCUCCGGCUGGAAUGCAGCGACGCGCUCUUCUACCAGAGCUCUCUGAGCGCCGGCAGCUUCAGACCGUUGGUCGAGUUGCGAGAGCUCGUGAUAGAGUACUGUAAAAUCGGCAAUCUGUCGGACGACGCGUUCAAGGGGCUGAAAGAGUUGCGUAACCUGACCGUAAGGACGCACAACACCGACUGGUCGGCGAUGGCGCUGGACGUGUCGGCCGGCGCGUUCACGGACGAGCUCAGACAAUUGGAGAAACUCGAUAUCGGGGAAAACAACAUGUGGAGCAUCCCCGAGGGUGCUCUCUGCCCGUUGGUAAACCUCGAGAUUCUAAACUUGACGAGAAAUCGGCUACGCGAGGUGACGAGUUUCCGGUUCAACGGCGCGGCCAGAUGCCUCUCGAACCUCAAGGAACUGGAUCUGAGCAACAACAGCAUCGAGUCGUUGCCGAGCGCCGCGUUCUCGGGUCUCGCGCGGCUCCAAAGCUUGGAUCUGCGAUGCAACGCCAUCAGCUUCAUGGCGGAUCGCGCGUUCGAGGGCCUCUCCUCGUUGGCCAUCUUGAGGCUCGCCGACAAUCGACUGGCCAGCCUGCCGCCGGAACUGUUCAGCGACGCGAGGAACAUCCAGGAGAUUCAUCUUAGGAAUAAUACGUUAAACGUGCUACCGCCCGGUUUGUUCAGUGAACUGACUCAGUUGUUGGUGCUCGAUCUGUCGCAUAACGAAUUGACCGCCGAGUGGGUGAACGCGGCUACCUUCGCCGGUUUGGUACGUUUAGUGGUGCUGGAUCUCGCCAACAAUCGUAUCGCUCGAUUGGAUCCGACGGUGUUUCGCGACCUCUACAGCUUGCAGAUUCUUCGGCUGCAAGAGAAUCUGCUCGAGAGUUUGCCGGAGAACACGUUCUCGGCGCUCUACAAUCUGAACACGUUGCUGCUGAGCAACAAUCUGCUCACCGUUAUCGACGCCACCACGCUCAGCGGACUCUACGUACUGAAUCUGCUUUCGUUGGACAAUAACCGGCUGCACACGAUACACCCGGGCUCCCUGAGAAAUGCCUCCUCCCUGCAAGAGUUCCACCUGAACCGUAACCAGCUGCAGUCCGUCCCGGACGCGCUGAAAGCCACUCCCCUUCUACGAACCCUCGACCUCGGUGAGAAUCUCAUUUCGGAGAUACCGACCGGCACGUUCGAUCACGUGGCGCAGCUUUACGGGCUUCGAUUAACCGAAAAUCAUAUCGGGAAUCUCACAAAGGGCGUCUUCGAUCGUAUCAAGGAACUAAAGAUAUUAAAUCUCGCGAUGAACCGCAUACAGUACAUCGAACCCGGUACGUUCGACGAGAAUCUGAACCUUCAGGCGAUCCGUCUGGACGGCAAUCAACUGACGGAUAUUGCCGGCCUCUUCACCAAUCUGUCGAACCUCGUCUGGCUAAACGUCAGCGACAAUAAGUUGAAGUGGUUCGAUUACGCGAUGAUACCGACCGGAUUGCAAUGGCUCGACAUCCAUUCGAACGAGAUACGAGAGCUGGGCAACUAUUUCGAGAUCGAGAGUCAGCUACAGUUGAGCACCUUCGACGCGAGCGAGAACAAGCUGACCGAGAUCACGGGGAACGCGAUACCGAUGAGCGUGGAAUUGCUGUUCCUCAACGACAACCAAAUCUCCAAGGUGCAGAGCUACUCGUUCUUCAAGAAGCCGAAUUUGACGCGCGUCGACCUGAAGGGGAAUCAGAUUCGAAACUUGGAACCGUACGCGUUGAGAAUCAGCGCGGUGCCGGCGGAGAAGCCUCUGCCGGAGUUCUACAUCGGGGACAAUCAGUAUCUGUGCGACUGUACCAUGGAAUGGCUGCAACGAGUCAACAGGCAGAACCAAUCUCGAGUGCAACCGCGCGUGAUGGAUUUGGAGAGCAUCUACUGCGAGCUGCUUUACGACCGGGAGCACAUGUUCGUCCCUCUGGUCGAGGCCUCGCACUCGCAGUUCCUCUGCAAGUACGACAGCCACUGUUUCGCUCUGUGCCACUGUUGCGACUUUGACGCCUGCGACUGCGAGAUGACCUGUCCGCAGAACUGCACGUGCUACCACGAUCAAUCGUGGUCGGCGAACGUGGUCGAUUGCUCGAACGGCGGUUACGUACAGAAGCUGCCCGAACGGAUACCGAUGGACGCGACGCGACUCUAUUUGGACGGGAACGACCUGCGCGUCGUGGCCAGUCACGCGUUUAUCGGCCGCAAGAAGCUCCGAGUGUUGUUUCUCAAUUCGUCCAACAUCGAGAUCGUGCAAAAUCGGUCGUUCAAUGGGCUACGAGACCUGGAGGAUCUUCACCUGCAGGACAACAGGAUCCGCGAGCUACGGGGACACGAGUUCGAGGGACUGGACGCGCUCAAGCAACUCUACCUUCAACGGAAUCGGAUCUUCUCGAUCGGCAACGACACCUUCUCGUCGCUGCGCUCGUUGCGCAUCCUCCGGCUCGAGAACAACCGUCUGACCACUCUGGCCGUAUGGGCGCUGCCCAGAUCCAUCGAGAUCGGUUUGUCCGGGAACCCGUGGUCGUGCGAGUGCGAUUAUCUGCAAAGUUACCGCGAGUGGAUCCGCGAGCCGAACGUGCGUGUCACCGACGCGUCCGCGUUACGCUGCGUCUACAACGUGACGGAGUUCGAGGCGUUCGGCGACGAGGUGUUCGCGGACAACGAGUUCGGUUUCUCCGUGGCGAGCAACGUCGAUCGCGAGACGAGCAACGACACCGCGGUCUGCACCGGCACAGCCAGCGUCGACAACGACGCGCACCGUAACUACACAAAAACCAUCAUCGAGAAGCAGGCCUUGCAGGAUUAUCUUCCGGUUUUGAUCGCGACGCUGGUCGGUUCUCUGCUCGUGAUGCUGAUCUGCAUGCUGGCGUUCGUAUUUCGACAAGAGCUGCGCGUCUGGUUUCACUCGCGGUUCGGCGUACGGAUAUUUUACAGGAAUCACGAGGUCGACCGGGACGAUCGGGACAAGCUGUUCGACGCGUUCGUCAGUUACAGCUCCAAGGACGAGGCGUUCGUCGCCGAGGAGCUCGCGCCCGUCCUCGAGAUGGGCAAUCCCUCGUACAAGCUGUGCCUGCACUACCGGGACUUUCCAGUCGGCAGCUUCAUAGCCGACACCAUCGUCCAGGCGGUCGAGUCCUCGCGGCGAACCAUCAUGGUCCUAUCGGAGAACUUCAUUAAGUCCGAGUGGUGCCGAUUCGACUUCAAGUCGGCCCACCACCAGGUGCUCAGAGAUCGAAGACGCAGGCUGAUCCUGGUGCUGGUGGGCGACGUUCAUCAACGGGACCUCGACCCGGACAUACGACUCUAUCUAAAGACCAACACGUACUUGCAAUGGGGCGACAAACUGUUUUGGGAGAAACUGCGAUUCGCGCUGCCCGACGUGCCAAACAAUCAAAGGACCACGCAGAGGACGAGGCAGCCGCCGCCGGUCCGACGGCAACACAACAACAGGACGUCCAACGGAUCGCGCACCGUAUCCGUGCACAUAUGA